CUCGCAACUUGCAUUGCAUGGUUUGCUAAUUAUCAACCCAAAAGUUUCUUCAAGUUAUGUAUAAUUAAUUCGUUUUAUUUUAUGUUUAUGUUUGUGUCAAGAAUUGUAAAGAAAACAGUGAGAUAGGCAGGCAUGAUGGGCAUGGAGAAGUUAAUAGUAAUUUUGAAGAUAUCAUCAGUUUGGUGCUUGCUUUUGGGAUGUGAGAUUAUUAUCGUUGAAGCAGCACCAAAGGCCUCUCGGAUUAAAAGCCUUCCAGGAUUCAAUGGCACCUUUCCUUCAAAACACUACUCUGGGUAUGUAACCAUAAAUGGAGAUAUUGCUCCCUCGAAGAACCUUUUCUACUACUUUGUAGUGUCGGAAAGAAAUCCAAGAGAUGAUCCGGUAGUUCUAUGGCUCAAUGGUGGUCCAGGUUGCUCUAGCUUUGAUGGCUUCGUCUAUGAACACGGACCAUUCAAUUUCGAAGCAGGGAAAACGGAAGGAAGCCUGCCUAAAUUGCAUCUCAAUCCAUACAGCUGGUCUAAGGUUUCAAACAUGAUAUACUUGGACUCCCCUGCCGGUGUUGGAUUCUCUUACUCUAAAAAUACGACAAUUUACAAGACAGGAGACUUGCAAACAGCCUCCGAUACUCAUGAUUUUCUAAUCAAGUGGUUCAAUCUAUACCCGAAAUUCGUUUCCAACCCAUUUUACAUUGCGGGGGAGUCCUAUGGCGGCGUUUAUGUGCCAACUCUCACUUCUCAAGUAUUAAAAGGACUCAUAGCUGGUGAGAAGCCCAUCAUCAAUUUGAAGGGCUACAUAGUGGGCAAUGGGGUCGCAGAUGAAAUAUUUGAUGGCAAUGGUCUUGUCCCAUUUGCACAUGGAAUGGCCCUUAUCCCUGAUGAGAUGUAUGAGGAAGCUAUGACUAGUUGCAAAGGAAACUACUAUAACCCCCCGAACAAUAAGUGUGAAAUCGCAGUUGAAAAAGUUAAUGUGGCUAUAGAUGGUUUAAACUUGUAUGACAUCUUGGAGCCCUGCUACCAUAGGCCAACAACAACAUCAGAAGAUGCAAAUGGAAACAAAAACACAACUUCAAGUACCAUACCAUUAAGUUUCAAGCAAUUAGGGGUGACAGAGAAGCCUCUUGCUGUCAGAAAACGGAUUUAUGGCCGCGCAUGGCCUUUUCGAGCACCAGUAAAAGUUGGAGUUAUUCCAAUGUGGCCUGAGUUAAUGAAAAGUGCUGGCAUUGACGUUCCAUGCACGGAUGAUACAGUAGCCACAGCAUGGCUGAACAAUGAUGCAGUUAGAAAAGCAAUACAUGUGAACCAGGGAAGUGGAAGUUGGAGCUUAUGUACAAAUGACCUAUUAUACAAUGGGGACGCUGGAAGCAUAAUUCCGUACCACAAAAACCUCACUGCUCAAGGAUAUCGUGCACUUAUAUACAGUGGAGAUCAUGAUAUGUGUGUUCCAUACACCGGAAGCCAAGCAUGGAUUAGGUCUCUUGGGUAUAAGAUUACAGAUGAAUGGAGACCUUGGAUGACUAAUGAUCAAGUUGCUGGGUACACACAAGGAUAUGAUAAUGGCCUCACCUUUCUCACCAUCAAGGGAGCUGGACACACCGUACCUGAAUACAAGCCAAGAGAAGCGUUGCACUUUUAUAGCAAUUGGUUAGAAGGAAAACAAAUAUGAUUGGGAGACAAAAUUCGAAGUUGAUGGAAAUAUUGAAAGAAAUAAUCUUUAAACUCACAUUAAUUCAGCAGAUUUUCAAAAGUUUAUCAAUGCAAAUGAGAACAUUCAUGAUUCGUAAAAAGAAAUGAAGAUGAAGAAAUUUUAAUAAAAGAAUGGAUUUUAUA